AUGCUUAUUCAGCAGGGGAAACAGAUCUGUUGCUAUGAUUGUAUUCAGUGCCCUUCAGGGAGGAUCUCAACACAAAUGGAUGCAGCUGAAUGUGAGCUGUGCCCAGAAGAUCAGUAUCCGAGCACGAAUCAGCAUGAAUGCAUUCCCAAAGUAAUGACUUACCUGUCCUAUGAAGAUGGCCUGGGAGCAGCUUUGACAGUUUUGGCUCUUUUCCUUUCUAUGGCCACAGUCAUUGUGAUGGGGAUCUUCAGGUUACACUCAAACACUCCCAUUGUUAAAGCCAACAACUGGAGCAUCACGUGUAUCCUGCUCUCCUCUCUGCUCCUAUGUUUUCUCUGCCCCUUCUUCUUCAUAGGAAGACCUAGGAAGGUAACCUGCCUUUUAAGGCAGGCUGUGUUUGGCAUCACCUUCUCCACUGCUGUUUCCUGCGUACUAGCCAAAACAAUCACUGUGGUUUUGGCCUUUGUGGCUACGAAACCAGGGAAUAAGAUGAGGAAAUGGGUGGGAAAGAGGCUAGCAGACUUGGUCAUUGUGGUUUGUUCUUUGAUUCAGAUUUGCAUCUGUGCUGUUUGGCUGGCGACCCAGCCCCCCUUUCCAGAAUUAGAGAAGCAUUCCCAAGUGGGUGAGAUCAUAGUGCAGUGCCAUGAAGGCUCAGAGAUCAUGUUCUAUGUUGUGCUGGGCUACAUGGGUCUUUUAGCCAUCGUCAGCUUCACGAUGGCUUUCUUUGCCAGGAAACUGCCUGACACUUUCAAUGAAGCCAAGUUCAUCACUUUCAGCAUGUUGGUGUUUUGCAGUGUUUGGUUGUCCUUCAUCCCCACCUACCUGAGCACAAAGGGGAAAUUCAUGGUAGCCGUGGAGAUCUUCUCCAUAUUAGCCUCUGCUUUGGGUUUAUUGGGUUGUAUUUUCCUUCCCAAAUGCUACAUUAUUAUAAUGCAUCCUGAAUUAAAUAAGAAGGAGCAAAUGGUAAGGAAAAGAUGGUGCCAAAUUCGACCUGUGUUGAGAGCUGCCAUCCUGGACAGAGCAAGCUUAUUCAGCAAGGGAAACAGAUCUGUUGCUAUGAUUGUAUUCAGUGCCCUUCAGGGAGGAUCUCAACACAAAUGGUGUCGCUGCCGCAAUAGUGUCCUGGUUGAGAAAUGGCAGCUAGAGCUUCAUAGAAAUGUUUGCAUCAAGAGUGACUGA